UUUCUUCAUUUGAUCAUUUUUUAUUUCCUAUUAUUUAUGCGCAUUAUCUUGCUUCAUAUUCAAUUUUUAAACUAAUUUGUUCUUUAGGGAAUAAAUGUUUACAGCUGUUUAAGUAUCCACCGUUAAUGUUAUAAAAGGGCUAGACUUACUAAAAUGUCCCUAAAUGGGAGUUUAGUAUUCACUUACAAUGAACGAGGAGAUUAAAAGCUAGACAUGCUAGUGUACUUUGUGAAAUUGACCUUUCAAUUUUUAAGGGGAUAUGAUGCUGAUAUUAAUUUGAUAUUGUUUGAAAUACCGUCGAACAUCAAAGAAUCAUUUUACAUAAGACAUUUCAUCUUUAAAAAACUUAAAUAAUCCAACAAUCUUGACCAAAUGAUGUGACAUCCAAACACACACUAUCUGUCAAUCGUGCAAAAUUUAACUGUUUUUUGGUAAACUAAAGUUGUAUCACAUUAGUAUGAGAUAGGGUGCUCGAUAUUUAUCAGCUGUUUGUGUAACCAAGGAUACUAGCUCACUCUGGAGUUGUUAAACCUAGGUAAUGUAAUUUAAUUCUGUAAGUAUUGCAAAGCAAUACAUGUCCGUACCCAAUCUCUUCGCCCCCCACCGGUCCCAAAUCAAGUUGUCUGUGUAAAUUCUGCGUGAACAGUCAUACGUCAACAGUUUAUGCACAAGAAUAACCAGGCUCCAUAAUAUAAAAGCCAUGUUUGAUCAGAUUUGAAUUCCUUAUCCCAUUUUGUCAGAGUUAGUAAAAACUGAAUAUGUGCUUGGUUUUUUUUUUUUUUUUUUUUUUUUUUUUUACUAAAUCCAAUGGUCUUAACUCAGCAAAAACCUCAAUGGACCGGAAUAAACUUUUGAACUUGAUCUGUAAUUUGUCAUCGUAAAGCAAUGUACCAAAUGGCAAAUGAAUAUCUGCAAACAUGACGAAAAAAGUGUGGAAAAUUGAUUUGUCGGACGGAUGGACAGACUGAGUGCAAACCUAAGGUCUCCGUCGGCUCCGUCGGUAGGGGACUGAUAAAACUGUAUGUUUAGUUAAAUACAAACAACAUAACAUACCUUACGGAAUUUUUGUCAAACUUGCAAAAUGAAACAUACUCUUUGUGUAUAAGAUUUAGAUAAGAUACAUUUUUAUCAAACUUUCAGGACCGAAGCCUACAUGGCCUAGCAGGAUAUAAAGGGUCGAGGUCACUGGAAGGGUGGCUUCUGUUUGACAAUACAGUGCAGUUUGUAUUUGACUAUAGUUACAUUUGAUGUAUGCUGUCUUGGUUCCACCAAUUCUUAACAGUUUGAAUAUACAAGCCAGCGUCACUGGUAUGAAAAUUCCAAAAAUCUGUGAAUUUCCGAUUUCAAUAGCGCUUGCAGAAGCGCAGUCUAACGGUAUGCUGUGUUGUGAAGGAAACCAUUGUAUAAGUUUCAAUCUGUAGCUGUUAAUACGAGGCGAAAAUUUACUUUCCUGUAACACAUCACAGCGACGAGUUGACAUUCAAAUGAAGUAGCGAACUUUGUCGUCCUUGGACUAAAGAAUAAUCGAUUCAAAAUCCGGGCCACUCUAACCAUAGCACGUAGACUUUUACAAAUGAAAGCCUUAGUUAGACCGAGGUUCCCUCACACUUACAGCGGUCUCCAGAACAGCUGCAGUGUAGCUCUGUAGAAUGCAGCGCUCUACUCCUCGGCCUCGCGAUAAAAACUUAUGCCCAAUCUGAAUUUAUAAUCACGCUUUAGUUAUUGAGUGGCUUCAAGAUGCUCCACCAAUGCGCUUCGACCUCACAGAGGUUAUUUUUAACCAGAGAUAAGGAAACGGCGGAGGUGCUUUGUUUGUAAAGUUUCUUGAAGUUAGCUGACAGAAAUUCAGAUCACCAUGGCAACCAAUAAGGCUGGGAGGAUCGUGCUCAUCUUCACAACUUUUUUCCUGUUUGCGGGAAUGACAGCGCUAUCCGUACUGAACAAAUAUUUUGGGAAGGAUUUAGGAAUAUUCAAUCAGUCAACUGGUGACAUUUCCCGGAAGUACCCGUUAGUGAUAACACCACCCUGGCCGAUUUACUUCAUAUGGUACUUAGUAUUUGCCUUGGAACUAGUUCUGAUACUAUACGGUAUAACAACAAUCUGCCGUAAAACGCGUGGCGGGAGGAGUAUUUACCUUCUCUCCCUCACUCCCCCGCGAAUCUACGGUCUUCUGGUCGCCAAUAACCUGGGAGUGAUACUUUGGUUGUACCUUUGGAGCUGGGAGUAUACGGUGGCUGCAUUCAUCGUCGUGUUCUCCCUACCCGUCACCAUGUACAUAUGUUUCUAUACCUCCCUGAAGCAGCUGUUCAACAAUUUCGCGGUGCUUAUUCAGGAAGAAACUCAAAGUGAAAUAUGGGUUGUAAGAUUUCUGGUUCAAAAUGCGCUUGGAUUUAUUUCAGCAUGGCAGACAAUUGUUAUGUUCCUGAAUCUCGGAGUAGUUCUGAGAUAUGAAGUUGGUAUUUCUGAAGAAAUCAUCUUUCUAGCCGUACUGGGCGGUAUUGCGUUGCUGGAACUGGUUUGGUUUUGGCUUGACGUCUUCGUGUUUGACCGUUACACUAGGUAUAUCCUUCUCACGUACAUCCCAUGGCUUGCAACAUGCGGUGGACUGAACUGGAAAUUACAACAUCUUUUCCAGGACUGGGGAAGAGACACCAUAACUUUGUUUUGCUGCAGCGUUUUGGCACUCCUUUGUUUCACGGUCAAGCUUGUCUUUCUUAUUUAUAGACACAACAUAACUGAUACGAAACAAAAUGCCAACAAAAAUAUUGAAGAAAAAAGUGGAAAAGUUGAAGAAGAGAAAACUGAAUUGAAAAAUAAAGCAUGCGUUACAUUUGCUGUAGAGAAUGAGCAAACCAAAACUCCGAGCGAAAAUAAGAAAUCUGGAUCAGAAGAUAUUGCAAAGUCUAAUAGCCCCCCGAAACAAUGUCCUGUUGUACCUGCAAGUGAAGUUCAAUACAAUAGAAUAGAAAUCGAAGAGCAGACGACAGAAACUGCUAAAACCGUUAUCGUUCAUAAUGAUGCGAUCGAAUCUAACGCUAUGGAAUCCAUUCAAGGAAAUUUGGCUCCACCGAAAGAGGAAGUUAUAAUGGAUGAACAGUUAAUUGAAAACAACAGUGCAAAAACUACAGAAGAAUCACGAGAAACAGAAUCACAAGAAAAGUCUGUAUCAGAAACCGGGGAACAGGAAGUGUUACAGCCAGCUGAAGAAGUAGAGGAAGAAAGGGUUAAUAAAUCGACAGAAGCAGAGAGUGAACAAUAUAUUCAAGAGACCAGGCAGGAAGAGGAAAUUGUAGCGUGUCUUGAAGAGCCAGUACCAGAAGCCGCACUGGAGUCGGAGGAAGUUGAAAGUGAAAUGAAUCCGCCAGAUGAAAAAACAAAUGACAUUAAUGUAAUUGAUCAAAUUCCGAAUGAAAAAGAAAUUGAUAGUAAUCCAGUUGAAAACAAGCCAACAGAUAAUGAACCUGUAUUGAACGAGACUGCUUCACCUUUUCCUUUGGAACAAGAAAUUGAAGAGACCAAGCCGGAAGAGGAAACUGCAUCAUAUCAUACAGAACAUGCAGAGCCAGUUCCAGAAACUGCACUUGCGUCAGAGGAAGUAGAAAGUGAAACGAAUCAGCCGGGUGAAAUAUCAAAUGACAUUAAUGCUAUUGUCCAAAUUCCGAAUGAAAUUGAAUGUAGACCACUUGAUAAUGAAUCCCUCAAUUCAACAACAGCUCAAAUCGAUGAUCCAAUGGAGGACUUUGAAGUUGAAAAUGAGCCAAUAGACAACGAGCCUGAGUUGACCCAGACCCCUCCUCCUUUGUUGGAAGACGAAGAAUAUGAAGGGACGUACAUUGUCAGAGAGCCUGGGCUGGAAGGCGAAUACAAGUAUAAUCCCUCUGAAACGGAAAAUUCACCACAGGAUCAUGUCUUUGAUGAAACACUACCCUCUCCUCCUAUUUCACCUGCGUCUGACCCCCUUCCAAGUCCCCCUACAGCCCCGGUGUCUGAUGGGGACGAAUACGAUGAAUCAUCAGGAGAAGAGGCACCACCCGUUCCCCCACAGGACUAUAACAUGUCCAACAAAUCAUAUCAGUUCUCCCCGGAGCCUAUAGACUCCCAGCAGAUAACUACCAAUGGGUACGACGGUCAAAGGAGACCUGAAAGCUUUGGGACAGUUGAUACUGCCGUGUGAACUUAAUGACAUUGUAAUAAUGACUGUAAUGAGUCAAUGAAAGGUAGACACACUGAAACGAAGUGUUUCUCUGUACGUGUCUGUAGUAUACAAUAAUGGGAUUGUCCACUUACAGCGAACUUUGGAGCUAAGUGCUACUUAUAAAAAAUACUCAUGACAUUUACAUCAUUUGUACAAUCUGUAAAUAUGGGACCAUAGUCUUCAGUUUCAUUUCUUUAUUCGUUAGUUUGUGAUAUAUGCAGGGUACUACAUAGAGAAAAUUUAGAUAAUGCCCAUGUUACAUGCUUUGCGCUUCUUGAUCUUCAUUCAUUGCUACUCAUUUUGUAUAAUCUAUUUAAAACCAGUGAGGUACUAGUGUUUUUGUUUCUACUUAAUUUGUCUACUUAUAUCAUCAGUUGCAGAUCCUAACUCAUUGGUCCAGAAAAAAAAUUAUUAUGGGAGAUUCUUCCUCAAACGUUCCGGACUUGCGGACCACAUUUUUACAGUGACUGGUAGAAUAAAGUGACGUUUUACAGUGCAGUAAUUCCUUCUACUGAUUACGAAGUCCAAACAUUACUUAACAAGCAAUUAUCAGUAGCAGACUCGUUCGAUGUAAGUCGAUGGUCAGAGUGACAGUAUGUUUGUUCGUAUAAGCUUCAUUAGCGAUCCACCCUCACAUUGUACAUGUAUCAUUUCUACCUCUGUUAGCGCUAUUUGUUUUUUUUUUUUAGAUUAAUUGUUUCAUGGUUUCAUUUCUUAGAAAAAUAUCUUUCAUUCAUACUUAUUUGUAUUUAACAUAUGUUUAAUGUCAUGUAGAGUUUGAAAUAAAUUAGCCAAGGUUUA